GCCCAAGGAGCAAAUUACAGUUAAGUGCCUUGCUCAAGGGCACGUCGACAGAUGUCACGUGGUUUAUUCAAACCAGGGACUUUUCGGCGAAUAGCCCAAAGCUUUAACUGCUAUGCUACCUGCCGCCCACUGACCUGAAAAACAGGUGAUAAGAGCAAUUUAGAAUUCGCUCCACCAGGUGCUUUGUGUAGGGCAGGCUACCGCCUCACUGAGGGAUUUCAGACAAAACAGACCUUGAACGCGGGUAUUUACACUCUAUGACUCCCAGGUAAACAGUCUGUUUCAAUAUCUUGAGAGUUCUCCGUUUGAUUUUGUUUCCAACUAAUACAUUACCCCACUGCUGCAAAGGAGAGCGAUAUGCGUGGGCGAUAUAAAAGUAAGGAGAACGCGGGCAGUGAAUGCAUCCAUGCUUUUGAGGGGAAACGGGACAUUGGAAACGGGCUGUUUAGGAGUUACGACUCACCUAUGCCAGGAGAACCUGCCAGCUACUCGGAGGGGCCAAAUUCCCCAAAUGGAGGUAUCCUGACCAGUUUGGACGACGGGAAUGGGCCUUCGACAAUGAACUCUUCUUGGACAGGUCCAAAACGCUCCAACUAUGACGGUGAGAAAAGGUACCUGGGAGUCAGGGUCAAAAUGCCUGUGAGAGACAUGCUUAAUAAGAUUCGCAUAGCGAAGGGAAUGGACCCCAAAAAUAUCCAGGGUAACUGCGGCAAGGCAUUGAAAGGAGAGAAGAAACGGGUAAAUACCAAUAGAGAUCGCAGAAGUAGCAAGAGAAAACAACCUACAAAGAGCCUGGAGGAACUCGCCAUAAUAGUGGAGGUGUUGGAGGAGGAUCUCAAAGCCAGCAAACCAUACAGCCAGUCUAACACGUCUGAGUCACCUGAUUACAGCCCAGAGCCCAACGUGCAACCAUGGAAUAGUCCAGAGCAACUCCAGCAUAGUCACUCAAUGAAGUUCAGUCAGGAAAACAAGAUGCCACAACAAGUUACAAACUACUGUAUGUCAGAGCUAAAGCUAUCCCGCUCAGCACACAAUCACAACACUAGUGUUCCUCCGUUGAACUCCCAAGGGCGGUGUAUCAACGACGAAUCCGACAAUAUGAUGCCCAGUCCAGAUUCAUAUAUGACUUACUCCCCCAGCAGCACCAGUGAAUGUCAAGUGCCAUCUCCCCAAUAUUCGGGCUUUGCUAGCCCCCUGUCCCCCAGCUAUGAGUUAGGUCAGGAUGGAGGUAGUGACUACCAGGAUAGCUUUAGCCCCCAGUGCCAGGAUAGCUUUAGCCCCCAGUGCCAGGAUAGCUUUAGCCCCCAGUGCCAGGAUAGCUUUAGCCCCCAGUGCCAGGAUAGCUUUAGCCCCCAGUGCCAGGAUAGCUUUAGCCCCCAGUGCCAGGAUAGCUUUAGCUCACAUUGGCUCAGCUACAUGGGCCAGAAUUGGAACAGCACAGCAUACUUCUGGAACCAGCUCCAGAGGGAGGAGAGCUUACUGGCGGUGGUCUCUGACACAGAGGUUCUGGCCACAGACAGGAACGGAAGGACAGCUCUCCACAGAGUUGUGGGUCAAGGCAAGAGGGCCCUGGGAUAUGUGAUUGCCAAAAGGAUGGCAGCUCUGAAUAGGCUGGAUGUCAAAGACUCAGAGGGAAAGACUGCACUUCACCUGGCUGCCCAAAAGAACCAACACCUGAUGGUGGCUGAUCUGAUUCACCUUGGUGCCUGUGUGAACGAGAAGGACAGGAGUGGAAAGACAUGCCUGCACCUCAGUGUCGAGAAUGGAUACAUUCGAGUUCUGGAGGUUCUGAAAAAUAUGAUGAAAGAAGGGAUUUAUGUAGAUGUCGAAGCUACAGAUAAUUAUGGACUCAGUGUGUUUCAGUGUGCAGCAGUGGCUCUGAACGUCACCGUGCGAGAGCUGGAGAAAAGUGUGGCACCUAGUCAGAUGAGACUCCACACACUACGCAAGGAGCAGAUGAUGGAGACACUGGGGUGUCUACUGCAAAUGGGAAGCUACCAUCACACUCUGGGGAACUACGUGACUUAGAUGGUGUCCAUCCACACAGCUGUUCCUUAUGAAAUUAUGUGUGCAUCUGCCAAGCAAGGCAUGCCAGAGAACUGACAGUUAAUGUUUCUGAGUUGUUACAAGCUUGAACUUGUCUUGGAGUAAGGCCAAUGUGGUUUAGAAAGCCUUUAAUUACCUAUCUCUUUGUUACGUGGCUUUAAAGUGAGAGGCUUUCUUCAAGGCAAGGUACAAGUCUUAUGUAAAGCAUCCAAGGUUUUAUGUAAGCUGAAACACAAUUGUAAAUUGAGUGUUUUUGUGGCUUGCGUUAAGACUUUGGUUGCACAUUAGCUGGUUUCUGUGAAACUUCCACUGUUUGUUACAUUAAAGUAGCAACAUGUUAAUGCAAGUUAAGCUCAAUUUUAUUUGGUGAAUGUGUUAUUGGUGUUGUAUGUAAUACAACAAGGGAGUCAAAUUCUUUCAUACUCACAUCUUGGAGGGAAAGUGAUAAUGUUCAAAGCAACUAGUAGCAGCUAGUCGCCAACAUGUUGUUACACGGUUGAAAAGUAGAUUAUACGUGUGUAUGGGUGUGUGUGUGUAUAUUUCUAUUCUGUAAUGAACACCAAGGUUAUCAACAAUAUUCUUAUGUGUAUAGGCCUAUAUGUUGAAUGUACGUUAAAGGUGAAAUCCAUAAGUUGGUCUCAGCCGAUGGAGAGGGUCAUUGCAAGUGCAAAACAAAAGAAGUAGGGGAACAGGCACCUUCAUUGGCUUAAAUCAAACCACAUUGUACUUUGUGACAUUUCCACAGGAGACAAAGAAUUUGUCAUUUUACUGCUUUGUUAUACAUUUUAGUCUGGUGUCGCGUUAUAUUACCAAGAUGGUCAUCUCGUUCCAGACACAUUCAAGGCUUGUGGUAAUGUGUGUGGUUACAGGUUUUUGAAAUUGUAGUGAAGUGUCAUUUAAAAAAAUAGAUAUAUAUCUUAAAGACAUUCACAAAAUAUAAUUUACUAUGAAGCAAAAAGGUUGCUCUUUAUUUCACACAGUAAGUCGGCAUUGCUCUUUUUGUAUUGAUGACAGUACGUUCAGAGUGCGGUCAGGUGAACUGGUCCACUAGUACAACCAUGAAUCUCUGAUCUUUGUUGUUUUUAUAGUGGCGCUUGGGUGUUAACCCUGAAUUCUUUGACUAAAUCCUUUGGCAUUUUAUAAUCCCAUUAAUAUGCUGGCUGUAUAUCCCAUACUUCCGAUACGAUAGCUUUUUAUUAGUCCCUGAAAGGACCUAAUUUCUUCACUUAAAAAUAUUUGGUGGUUUGCAUGGUGUUGUUUUUGUAAGUAAUGGUUGUGAUGUAGCUGGCUUCAUUUCAGCUCCAACUAUUUAAAGCAGUUUUUAUGUGCACUUUUUUCUUAUAGUUGUAAUGGUAUAGUUGUUAGUCAUUUUUAUUACACAUAUAGUAGUAUGUAGUUGUAGUGGUGUAGUAAUUGUAUUUGACAUGCAUUUUUGUUAAAGUUUUAUGGUAGGACUAGUAGUAAUUGUAGUGUUGUGUGGCUGCAGUAGCAAUGUAGCUGUGGCUGCAACAGCAAUCAUAGGAGUUGUGGUAGAAGUAGUGAAAGAUGUGGCGCAAAGAGAGUAGGAGCAGUACUGGCUGAUACUUUUAGUAGGAGUUGUAUGGCCUUGGUUCACAGCAUUCAUAUGAAGUUCAUGAAAACCCUUUAUUUUCUUCUAUUAUGGUUUUGUUAUUGUUUCGUACAUGUAGCGCUUUAACAGGGGCUGAAUUGGGACUAUGCAGGUGGUGGAAAUGUCCCUGAUUUCUAUGGAAUAUAUUCAAUUUCGACUCUAUCCUGUCUACUAACAUUUGGUGAUAGAGCUCAACAAUCCCCAAUUCAACCCCUGGCAUGAAUAUACAGAUGUAGGAUCUUAAUUUGACCCAGUUUGCUACAGCAGGAAAAUAGUCCUGCAUCAACAGGAAAUGGGAAUUAUGAUGUGGAUUAUAAUUAAUGGAAAUAUAUGAAGGGAUACAUUAUUUUUAAGGAAAAAUGUCAAAGUAUAAAGGACAAACUUCAGAAUCCUUUUUAAACCUAAGUACACAACACAAUUUACUUUUCCUGCAUUGCAGGAAAGUUCUGCACAGAACAAAUGAAGAUCCUACACCUGUAAAGUAACUAUUUUAUCCCACUAUAAAGGGAAUAUUAUCUGUAAUCUGGUGUUUGGUAUGUAAUGUUUUAUAUAUAUUUGUAUACAUUGAUCAAUAUAAUGGAAACAUGUUUUUUUUGAAUGAGAUAUAUGCACAACUCAGAUCUUUGGAAUUGAUUAGAGAUGUUCAAACUGAAAUAAUCAAGAUUAACACACAGAUCUCAGGUUAGGAUUCAGCUAACCUCGUCCCCAGGCUCCGGGUCAACAGAGAGAGCGGGCUGGGGAUGAGAAUAGGAUUCAGUAACAAUAGUCAGGCUAAUAUAGCCAUCCAUGUUCAUUAUUUCUGUAUUUGUGUGCAAUUCUAAUUUAGACUGGUUGUCUUGAGGCUUUGUUGAUCAACGAAUAAGCUGGAAACUAAUAGGAAUGCAAGCAGCUAUACAUUUGUUUUUAUCUUGCUGGAGGAGGGUUGUUGAACAAAUGAUAGGCUGUCACUCACAUAUUUGGGUUUAGUGAUGCCUGAGUGUAUAAGAUGUUUCUGGUGGUGCACUGUUCCUGAAUGGCUACAUAGCUGUUGCACAGCCCCUAUAUUAAGUUGAUUCAUGUAUACCACUUUCCCAUGACCUUUAUUAAAGAUUAAAAGCAAUUUUACCUGA